CCGAGCUCCAGGGCAGGAGAACGUGUGUUUCGGGGGAACCGGCCGGCGUUGCCGGCACCAUGGAGUCACCUUUUAGUCCGGGACUCCCUCAUCGGCCGGAUGAAGAGUGGGGAUAUAUGUACCAAGAUCAGAAGCUUCCAUCUGCCACUGUGGUUUCUUUGAUAGCUACAGUAUCUUCUGUGAAAGUACUCUUUGCCUUCCUGCGUUGAUCAAAAUCUGACUCCCCUGAUGACACUGUUUUCCCUGAAGUCGUAGUGAAUGGUAUUUUCAUUCUCAAAACCUUUUCACCAUUAGGGCCUCUGAAGAUUCUACCCUGUUUGCUGAACUUGGCUAUUUCACAGACACUGAUGACCUGCAAUUGGAUGUGGCAAGUGAAACUUAUGAAAAUAAUUUUGAUAAUCUUGAUUUUGAUUUGGAUUUGAUGCCUUGGGAGACAGGCAUUUGGGACAUCAACAAUCAAUUUUGUACAGUUAAAGAUAUUAAGGCAGAACCUCAACCACUUUCUCCAGCCUCCUCAAGUUGUUCAGUCUCAUCUCCUCAGUCAGUGGACUCUUAUUCUUCAACUCAGCAUGUUCCUGAGGAGUUGGAUUUGUCUUCUACUUCCCAGAUGUCUCCCCUUUCCUUAUAUGGUGAAAGCUCUAAUAGCCCCUCCUCAGCAGAGCCACUGAAGGAAGACAAGCCCAUCAUUAGUCCCAAGAGCAAAACUGAAAAUGGACUGACUCCAAAGAAAAAAAUUCAGAUGAAUUCAAAACCUUCAAUUCAGCCGAAGCCUUUAUUACUUCCAGCAGCACCCAAGACUCAAACAAACCCCAGCGUUCCAGCAAAAACCAUCAUUAUUCAGACACUACCAACACUUAUGCCAUUGGCAAAGCAACAACCAAUUAUCAGUAUACAUCCUGCACCCACUAAAGGUCAGACCGUGGUUCUCUCUCAGCCUGCCAUGGUACAGCUCCAGGCAUCUGGAGUUCUGCCCUCUCCUCAGCCAGUCCUUGCUGUCGCUGGGGGAGCCACACAGCUACCUAAUCACGUGGUGAAUGUGGUACCAGCCCCUGUGGCAAAUAGCCCAGUGAAUGGAAAACUUUCUGUGACUAAACCUGUCCUACAAAGUUCCAUGAGAAGUGUGGGUUCAGAUAUUGCUGUGCUAAGGAGACAGCAACGUAUGAUAAAAAAUCGAGAGUCAGCUUGUCAGUCCCGCAAGAAGAAGAAGGAAUACAUGCUAGGGUUAGAGGCAAGGUUAAAGGCUGCCCUUUUGGAGAAUGAGAAGCUGAAGAAAGAGAACGGAUCACUGAAGCGGCAGCUGGAUGAAGUUGUAUCAGAGAACCAGAGGCUUAAAGUUCCUAGUCCGAAGCGAAGAGCUAUCUGUGUGAUGAUAGUUUUGGCAUUUGUGGUACUGAAUUAUGGACCCAUGAGCAUGUUGGAACAAGAUUCCAGGAGAAUGAAUCCUAGUGUGAACCCUACAAAUCAAAGGAGGCAUCUUCUAGGAUUUUCUGCUAAAGAGGAGCAAGACGCAUCAGAUGGUAUCAUCCAGAAAAACAGCUACAGAUAUGAUCAUUCUGUUUCAAAUGACAAAGCCCUGAUGGUGCUAACUGAGGAACCACUACUUUAUAUUCCUCCACCUCCCUGUCAACCCCUGAUUAAUACAACAGAAUCUCUCAGGUUAAAUCAUGAACUUCGAGGGUGGGUUCAUAGACACGAAGUGGAAAGGACCAAGUCGAGAAGAAUGACGAAUAAUCAACAGAAAACCCGUAUUCUUCAGGGUGCUCUAGAACAGGGAUCAAAUUCUCAGCUCAUGGCUGUCCAAUACACAGAAACCACUAGUAUCAGCAGGAACUCAGGGAGUGAGCUACAGGUGUAUUAUGCUUCACCCAGAAGUUAUCAAGACUUCUUUGAAGCCAUCCGCAGAAGGGGAGACACGUUUUAUGUUGUGUCAUUUCGAAGGGAUCAUCUGCUGUUACCAGCUACCACCCAUAACAAGACCACAAGACCAAAGAUGUCAAUUGUAUUACCGGCAAUAAACAUAAAUGAGAAUGUGAUCAAUGGGCAGGAUUACGAAGUGAUGAUGCAGAUUGACUGUCAGGUGAUGGACACCAGAAUCCUCCACAUCAAAAGCUCAUCAGUCCCCCCUUACCUCCGGGACCAGCAGCGGAAUCAAACCAGCACCUUCUUUGGUUCCCCUCCAGCAGCCACAGAGGCAGCCCACGUUGUCAGCACCAUCCCCGAGUCCUUACAGUAGUACCCGGGGCUACAUGGGAAAAGUAAGGAUGAGACCCUGCCAGCCUGGUGUGUGGGUGAGAGGAAAUGCUUCUUUCUGCUUUAGUGGCAAGCAGAGCACUGCCUCAUAAUAGAACUCAAGUGAUAGAGGAGAAAAAAAGAAGCUGCUCUGUUUUUCACCAUCUGCCCAUCUACUUGAAAAGCACUGGAACUCAGACACAAGGGGAACAGCAUUUCUCCAGAGGCACAUGCAGCCCUGCAUCCUCCACUGUUGCCUGGUGUAGAUUUUUUUUUUUUCUGUACCUUUCUAAAUUGCUUUUCCCUCUGUGUUUGUUUUGUGUUUAAAUAGUCAUAUUCUUUCAAAUAA